CCGGACUUAACAUACCUGCCUAGUACUUAGCAAUAAAGAGAAAGAGAAACUGCUAAGGUCUGCUGGAAAAGUGCUGGAACUUCCCUGCAAGACGAAGCUUCCGGCUAACAUCUAUUCACGUUCAUGCAUUUCUCGCCUUUGGAGCCUCACCUACGAAGGCUUAACCUUCUUUCCUUUUCUUCUUUUUCUUGACAUACAACUUCGAUACAUACAUCCAUACCCGUUAACCAACUUUUUCUCAAGCUUUCUACCCCUUGUGAGGCCUUGAAGCCGAUUAAGUCUACGACCCGCUGGCGCAUAUUCUAAUACAUUCAUCACCAAGUCAUAUUCUCAACCUCUUCAUAACAAUUUGCGCGAAAGUCUUACCGCACACCUGCCAUUUGACUCUACCAUAGACGUAACAGGAAAUCCAACCGUCAGAGCAAGCACAAGUCAUACAAAAUCAUCGCUAAGCGGUCUACCAUAUAACUAUGUCUCUGUGUCAAUUGCGCCUCGGGGAGGAGAGAAAGCAGUGGCGAAGGGACCACCCCUUUGGAUUCUGGGCCAGACCGAUGAAAAAUGCUCAGGGUGUCUUGGACCUGAAAAUUUGGGAAUGCGGCAUUCCUGGCAAGGAGAAGACAAUCUGGGAAGGAGGCCUAUUCAAGCUAACCAUGACGUUCCCCGAUGAGUAUCCCACGAAGCCUCCGAAGUGCAAGUUCACGCCACCGCUGUUCCACCCUAAUGUCUACCCUUCGGGCACCGUGUGCCUCUCGAUCCUUAACGAAGACGAAGGCUGGAAGCCGGCGAUCACAGUCAAGCAGAUCGCGCUCGGCAUCCAGGACCUCCUAGACAACCCCAACCCAGAAUCGCCUGCGCAAGCCGAAGCAUACAAUCUUUUCAAGCGAGACAAGAUCGAGUACGAGAAGCGUGUCAGGCGUACGGUUAGGGAGAAUCCGACCUCAUGAAGCGUUCUUCGAGUGCUGGGAAGAUGGUCUCUUGGGGCAGGGACUAUUAUACUUGGCGUGCUUUCGGAAAUGGAGUUUAGGCUACGGAUACCACAUAUGGAUGGCUGCUUUCUGCAUUUAAGCCCUCGGAGUUUGACACGGGCGACUACGCAAGGAUGUCAGACAGGUUUUCAACGUUGCAGCCAUGAAAGUCCACGAGUUUCUCUUUCACUGGAGAGAUUGAUCUACCCUUGUGCUUUAGGAACCGUGGCACGAUUUCAAUGCAGAUAGAUUCCCCGAGGUGUUAUAGAGUUUAUACAUUCGGUGUUCCUUAAUGACUAUUGCAGUGCUUAUCUCCUUUAUAGUGACAUAUGUUUAUUUCUUGCUUAUUUAACGUAACUUUAAUGCAUUUAUAACUUUUCGCGGCGUUAGUUAGAGC